UGCACGACUGGAAAAGAGAGCGACCGAGCGCGAUAGAGAGUGGCUGUGAAGUAGAAAUGGGUUAAGAAUCAAAGUGGGCAACAGGCGCAGUCAAAACACAAACAGCAAACGGGUCGCAUUCCUGCGUUGGCUGCGCAGUCAGCAGCGCGAGCAGCAAGCCACUACGGCUGCGCAGACACCUUGGCCGCCGAAGUCAGUGCGCGUCGAGAUCUUAAGCGAGCAAGUCGGCAGGUUGCGGAGUGUGGCCGAAUAAGAAGAGCAAAGUAAAGAGCAGAAUAAAGACAACUUAAAAUAUGCGUGUGGCUCAUCGUCACCGACUCACGUACACAGCAGAAAUAUAUUUAUAGUUAUCUCUUCUCUUGCGGCUGCUGCUGCGUGCGUGCGCGCGCUUGUUUGUGUGUGUGUUGUAAACUUUCUUCGAGGCUGCUGGGCGCUUGUGCAUGUUAUUUGUGAACAGAGAGAAUCAAAGUCAACAAAGGGAACAGAACAACGCGAACAACAACAACAAGUGGCAUAGUGCAAAAGCGUCGACCAACAAGUUUACUUGGCAGACGUGGCAACUAAAAAUUAGGAACUGUGCGCAUUAUUCGAUUUACAUACAUAUAUAUGUACGUAAAGUAUUUAAAAAGUGAAAGUGCGAGGGAAUAGGUAAAUUAAACAAAGAAAACCCAAAACAAAAUUCUCACGCUGCAACAAUUGCAGUUUACAUCAUGUCCAGUCACAGUGUACAGCGACGCAAAACAACGCGCUCCAAGUCAAAGCAACAGCAACAACAACAGACACCUAAUGUUGCGGAAAACCUCUUCGAAAGCGCCAACAACGAGCAAAACGAAAGACUUCACUUUCGCAGCCGUUCAGCAACCUCAGUCGCAACAGCAGCAACGGCGGCGGCAGCGGCAGCGCCAGUCAACUGCAAUUCACCUUCACCAUUGUGCUGUAAUGGUAUGCUGCCCACCACCGCAGUCUCAGCCAUGCUCAACUGUUGCCGCGACAUCAACUGCCAUCUGAAUUCACCACUGCGCGGCAGCGUUGAGCGCAGUCGACGCUCAGAGAGCCGGCAAUCUUUUCUAACUUCCGAGACAUCCAAGCCGACGUCGACAAGAACAACAUCAUCGCCUACACCUACCUCUACAUCAAAACAAUCGCGCUCUCGUUCCCAUUCCCGUUCUCGUUCCAGUUCUCGGUCGUGUUCGUGUGACGUCGGCGACUCAUCCAACACUGUAAGUCCCCACAAACAAAGCUCAGUCAGCGCAAGCAGAGUUGGGAGAGCGAAAUUAACCGUUAGUCUGCACAUCGAUCUCAUCAGCUGGGGUCUGUUUGUGCUAGCAUUCGUCACGCGCUUCUACAAGCUGGCAACACCAGCACAUGUUGUUUUCGAUGAGCUGCACUACGGCAAGUACAUUUCGCUUUACAUGCGCAACAUCUUCUUCUUCGAUCAGCAUCCGCCACUGGGCAAGCAGCUAAUAGCAGGUCUAGUCAGCUUCGCUGGCUACGAUGGCAACUACACGUUUACACGAAUCGGGUCUGCCUAUGGGCCAAAUGUGCCCGUCUUCUGGCUACGCUUUCUGCCCGCUCUCAGUGGAAGUCUGCUGGCGCCGGCAGUUUACAAUCUGCUGCUGGAAGCGCGGCUGCGUCGCUGGUCGGCAGCGCUUGGCGGCCUCCUCGUCGUACUGGAUAAUGCGUUGCUCACGCAGUCGCGUUUCAUUCUGAUGGAAUCCAUGCUGCUGCUGGCCACCACUGUGGGCAUUGCCUGCCUGCUGCGCUUCCAGCGCUGCUCGCUCGGCAGCCUUAAGUGGCUGAGCAGCGGAGCGGCAGCUGCGCUGUUUCUAGCCUGCGCUGGCUGCAUCAAAUAUGUUGGCUUUCUGGCUAUAGCACUUGCUGGCUAUUUGAUAUGUCGUCACCUCUGGAAACUGCUCUACGAUGCUACUCUGACAAAUAAACAACUGUGCAUGCACGCCGUGGGCAGACUGCUACUGUUCGUGGGCAUUCCUUUGGCCGUUUACCUGGGCGUCUUCUACGUCCAUUUGAGAACGCUUCAUCGAGCCGGGCCACACGACACGAUCAUGACGAGUGCCUUUCAGGCGUCGCUCGAUGGCGGGUUAGCCUCGAUCACACGUGGUCAGCCGCUGGAAGUGGUGCAUGGAUCACAGAUUACGCUGAGGCACACGCAUGGACGCACCUGCUGGCUGCACUCGCAUGCGGCUGUGUAUCCUGUUAGGUACAAGGAUAAGCGUGGCUCUUCGCACCAGCAGCAGGUGACAUGCUACUCCUUUAAGGAUGUGAACAACUGGUGGAUUGUCAAGCGGCCGGAGCGUGACGAUCUCGUAGUGGCCGAGCAGCCAGAUGCCAUAAAACAUGGUGAUGUCAUCCAGCUGGUGCAUGGCAUCACUAGCCGUGCUCUCAACUCCCAUGACGUUGCUGCCCCAAUGACGCCCCAAUGCCAGGAGGUUAGCUGCUACAUCGACUACGAGAUCAAGAUGGCGGGCGAGCUGCUGUGGCGCGUGGAGAUCCUCAACAGACAGACCGAAGGCGACAACUGGCAUGCGAUCAAGUCGGAAAUACGACUCAUACACGAGAGCACAGGCGCUGCGCUGCGCUUCAGCGGACGACAGCUGCCCAGCUGGGGCUACAACCAGCACGAGGUGGUGGCCGAUCGCGAGCAACUGCAUCAGGAUGCCAUCUGGAAUGUGGAGGAGCAUCGCUACACCAAGACUCAGGAUCAGCGUGAGCGCGAGCGUCAACUGCUCUCUGCAGAGAUGAUUCCCACGAAGCGCACUCGGCUCUCCUUUUGGUCCAAGCUGCUGGAGCUGCAGACAAAGAUGCUGUGGCACGCCAAGCAGCUGCAGAGCCACAUGUACAGCUCCCAGCCGCACGAGUGGCCGCUGCUGGACAAGGGCAUCGCCUACUGGCUGGACGACAACUCCAGCGCUCAAAUCUAUUUGCUGGGCAAUGUGCUCAUCUGGUAUCUGGCCAGCGCCGGCCUAAUCAUCUAUGCCACACUCCUCAUCUUCUAUGCCCUGCGUCGUCGUCGCUUGUGCUUCGACGUCUCGACCAGCGAGUGGCGACGCUUCCUCAGCGCUGGGGAUACCUUCUUUGUGGGCUAUCUGAUGCACUAUUUGCCAUACUUCUUCAUGGAUCGCACGCUCUUCCUGCACAACUAUUUGCCUGCAUUUGGCUUUAAGCUGCUGCUGCUCUGCUUUGUGCUGGAUCAUCUGGACUACUUACUGCGACGCCAUUGCAGCGGACGUGGCCUUCACUUGCUGCGCCUCUACCGUCUAAUGCUACUCCUCUGGCUUGUCGCGGUCGCAGCGACCUUUGUCAAGUUCUUGCCAUUGAGCUACGGCUCGAAGAAGAUGUCUGCCCAGGAAAUUAUCGACUUGCGCUGGAAGGACACCUGGGACUUCAUACUGCAAAAGAAUUACGCGCUGCACUGAGGCACGCUCUUACUCAUCCCUCUUCCUAGACUCUACUGUACCCUGUACAAUAAACCGCAAUACUUGAAGCUACUCAAAAUAGUUUGGCUGGAGCCAAGCCAAGCAUAAGUUAAAAAUAUCCCGUUCUUAUUCAGCUA